AUGAACGCUCGAGCUAUGCUGCGUACAAUGCCGCACGCUUCUAUGCGGACGACUCGCAUGCGUGUGCAGCCGCGUUGGGCAUCGUCGUCGGCCCCCAAGCCCCCUGCCUCGGAGGACGAGGCACAGAAAGCCACCCAAGCUGCUGCUUCACAGGAGGCCAAUACGGCUGCCUCACAAGCUCACGAGACGGAAGCAGGAAACACUGCUACUCCCUUGCCGCGCAAGGGUAUCCAGCUGGACAUUGACGCUUCGUCGCUGGUCGAUGCACAGGCCCUGGAAGCGCCGGAAGGUGAAGAAGGCGAGACGGGCAAGCGCACCAAUGCCAAAGCACGCUCCGACCGCAAUGGUGGCCCGUCAGAUCGUACACGCAACAUCCUUAUGCGUGGCACGCUGAUUGGUGCGACGCUUAUGGGUGGCUACGCUGUGUGGAUGCUCGGCCGUGACUUGGACGAGCGUGAGCAUGAAGUGUUCCAUGACAAGGAGGGCGUAAACUCGUUCUUUGGCCGUUUGUGGCUGCGUAUUCAGGCGCUGCGGGAGGGUGUGAACAAGCCCGUAUGGGAUGUUCUGCUCCCAGACCCACUGCCGUAUCCGUAUUCGCGACCUUACACGCUUGUUGUCGACCUGGAUCAACUGUUGGUCGCCUCGUCGUGGAGUACGUCGCAUGGCUGGCGAACGGCGAAGCGUCCUGGUCUGGACUACUUCCUGGGCUAUCUCUCGCAGUGGUACGAGAUUGUGCUGUUCACCACGCAGCCGUUCUACAUUGUGGAGAAAGUUAUUGAGAAGCUCGAUCCGGAUCGCCGCUACAUUGCCUACCAACUGUUCCGCGAGAGCUGCCGUACGCAUAAUGGCAAGUUGGUGAAGGAUAUUAGUCAUCUGAACCGUGACCUCCGCAAGGUGAUUGUUCUCGAUAUCAACCCUGAGCACGUCUCGAUGCAGCCUGAGAAUGCUAUUGUGCUCGAGCCGUGGAAGGGCGACAAGAACGAUCGCGACUUACUGGGCCUGAUUCCGUUCCUCGAUGCCAUUGGCAUUUACGGCGUGAGCGAUGUACGUACAACUCUGAAGGCGUACGAAGGCAAGCACAUCCCUACCGAGUAUGCCAUCAACGAGGCACAAGUGAAGAAGCGCCACGAGGAAGAAUGGCUUGCCAAGAAGGAGCGCCUGGGUGGUCUUUCCGGCCUGUUUGGCGGUAUCAUGUCGGGCCAGGCAUCGAACAAAGAGCCGCCCAAGACAUUCCUGGAGCAGGAGCGUGUGCGUUUCCAGCAAGGCUACUUGGAAGAUCAAAAAUUCUGGCGCGAGAAUGGCGAAGCGCUGCGCAAGCAAAUGCAAGAAGAGCAGGAACGCCAGCUGCAAGAAAUGAAGCUGAAUGCAUGGGAAGGCGUCACACGCAUUUUCACAGGUGCACCACCUCCCCCGCCCUCGCAUGAACCGCCGCAAGGCGCUGCGCCUGCUACGCCAGCCUCGGCAUAG